AUGUCCACCUCGACACCCGCGCCGACGACCAGCUCGCGCCGUGUACCGCUCGACAAACGCAAGCGCACCGAGACGAGCUGCGACAAGUGCAAGUCGCGCAAGCAGAAAUGUCGCAAGGAGCCCGGCCAGGAUGCCUGCCGCUACUGCAUGGUGCACAACAUCGAGUGCCUGACGACGCAGCCGCGGAAGAAGCGCCUGUACGGUAGCGUCGAGGGCCUGGGCACCCGCCUGGCGCUGCUCGAGGCGCUCGUCAAAGGCCUGCUGCCCGAUGCCGACGUGUCGAGUACAGAUGCCCUGCGACAGCUGGCCACGUCGCACGGCAUCCCGCUGCCCACGGCCGCCGUCGCCGAUGCCGCUGCCCACGACGACGCCGCUCGCGACGCCGCCGACGACGACGACACCGUGUCGCUGCUGCCGGACCAGCAGGGCCAGGUGCAGUACAUUGGGCCCGGCAGCUCCUUUGCCUUCCACCUCAAGCUGCGCACGCUGGUCGGCCGCGGCCCUCUGCGCGAGUUUGUGCUGUUUGGCAAGAACGCCGCCGCCUCGACGUCACCAGAGAGAGGCGACGACCACCAGCGCGCCUUUCCCGGCACCGCCGCCGCCAACAGCCACGGCCACAGCCACGGCCACAGCCACAAUAUCAAUAGCAACAGCAACAGCAACAACAACAACACCAACCACCCGUCCAUCGCCGCUUCCGCUUCCGCCGCCGCCGCCGCCGCUUCCGCCUCCCCCGUCCACUGCCAUGCCUCGUCGCCUGUUGCCGCGGGCCCCGCCGGCCUCCCCACGCCCCUCGACCGCCCGACCCUCGAGUUCCUGAUCCGCGCCUACUUCGACCACAUCCACCCCGAGACGCCCGUCCUCCACGAGCCCUCGUUCCGCGAGGCCUUUGAGGCCUGGCUCGUCAACCCCCACAAUGCCGACCCGGCCUGGCUGUGCUCCUUCAACUGCCUGGUGCUGCUUGCACGCCGCGCCGUGCGCAUGCCCUUUACCGAAGAGCAGGAGCGCAUGUGGUGGCAGCGCGUGCAGAAACUGCUGCCCGGCAUCACCUUCAUGUCGAGCAUCACGGCUGUCCAGGCCCUCAUCCUGGCCGCCAUACAUCUCCACAACCACAACCACCGCGACGCUUGCUGGAACCUGACAGGCACCGCGAUCCGCAUAGCCCAUGCCAUUGGCCUGCACCAAGACCGCGUGAGCACCGGCCAGACGCCCCUCGCCCGGGAGAUGCGCAGUAUGCUGUGGUGGACACUCUGCAUGGUGGAGAUGAUGCAAGUCUCGUCGUACGACCGCCCCAGCGCAAUCGAAACAUCAAUAUCAAAGAUCCGCUGUCCCAACGAAAAGAUACUGGGCACCCCUCCGGGAUAUCUGGCCGCCUCGACUCGUCUCUUGAUCCUACUGGGUGCCACAUGUCGUGUGCCCCGGACCCUCAAGCCCAACGACCGCGACGAUACGUAUGUUGGCCCGCUAUCUCCCGCCGCAACUGUGCUUCGCGACCUGGUCCGGUGGAGGGAGACGCUUCCCCAGCACUUGCAGCUGGAAGCCCUAGAUACUUGUCCUCCCAACUUCCAGCGGAACCUGCUCAUGCUACACUGUACCUACCACUAUACCAUCAUCGUCUUGUGUCGCUCAGCCCAGCUUGCCCGCGCUACUAGCCUGUCCAAGACUGGCCAAGAUUCCACAAACGCGGCUCUCAUCGCAAUGGCAGAUGCCUGUUCCGAAUCCGGCCGUAAAUCCGCCCAGAUACUGCUCAAGAUUGAUGGCCUUGGCAAGUUCAAUGCUACGGCUGGAUUGGAUGUCUGGUACAUGCUCGCUUCUAGCUCAGCACUAGUCCUUGAUCUUGUCUGUCUGAACAAGCUGGAAGGCACAAACAUGUCAGAAUCACGCAUCCUGCUAUCUCAGCUUGCCGAUCUUGCCCAGCGGCAACGGCGGAACCCAUUUAUGCCUGGCACGUAUCAAAAAUUCGCCUCGCUCGUCCCAGAGCUGCAUUCCAUGGCCGACUCAUUGGCUUCACCCGUCCGAUUCGCCGAACUCAAAGUGGAAACCCAGGAGCCCGGACCACAAACUACACUCCCAUCCCAGCAGCUAUCGCAGCCCGAUGCUGUGCCACACAUGUACCACCAAUCACCAGCCGCCGCUACGGGCUCCUACAUGUUUGCCGACCAUCUGCAAGGCCGCAUCUAUCCAGAACAGCCAUUUGUGACUCCAGCCAUGCACCCCAAUGCUCGUUUCGAACGAACGGCUCAGAUGCACUUUAUGGAUUUUACUGUCAACAAUAUGAAUGACUGGAGUUGGAAUGAUAUGAAUGGUCUACUUGGCACCGACAGCCUGACCGCUAUGCAUGGAGAUCCAAAUGUACAUGGACAGCAGCCUUCUGGUCCCAACUAAGCGUCUAUGAAAUGCAGCUCGAGAAGGAAACCCAACAGAAUGCACAGGUGCGUUACAAAAUAACAAAGGUUGUGGUUGACUGAGUUGCGGAAUGCCAAGUCGUACUUGUGCUUGGUCUUGUUCGGACUCUGCGCUGUGAAGUCGGCAUUUAACUGACGGCCACCCGAAGAAGAAGAAGAAGAAAAGAAAGAAAACGAAAAACAACAAAAUACUUCCAUAAUCCUACCUUUUCCUAGAAGUCACGUUGAUAUGGCAGUUUGAGAUAUCCCUGGGUCGAAAUUUAAUACCAAUUCAACUUUAUCGC